GACAGCAGCCCUCACCCAGAGCGCACUCGGCUCCGCGCCGCCCAACGCGAGUCCCGCCGGCCCCGCUGGUCCGGCGGCCCCGGCGCGGCACGUCCCUCAGGGCGCAGCAGGUCUCUCGCGACCUGAGCAUCUGGGCAGGGCGCUGAGCGGUGGCGGCGAUGCCGGGGCGCGGGGCCCCGGGCCCCGGUUGGGGGCUGCUGCUGGUGCUGCUGGCGCUGGGCGAGCUGCCGCGGGCGCAGGGCGUCGAGGAGAAGCCUGGCGGCGCGCACGGGGAGAGCCAGGGCUUCCAGGUGGUCACCUUCAAAUGGCACCACGUCCAGGACCCGUACAUCAUCGCGCUCUGGAUCCUCGUGGCCAGCUUGGCCAAGAUCGGCUUCCACCUGUCCCACAAGGUCACCAGCGUCGUCCCCGAGAGUGCACUGCUCAUCGUGCUGGGCCUGUUGCUGGGCGGCAUCGUCUUGGCGGCCGACCACAUUGCCUCCUUCUCGCUCACACCCACGGUCUUCUUCUUCUACCUGCUGCCGCCCAUCGUGCUGGACGCCGGCUACUUCAUGCCCAACCGGCUCUUCUUCGGCAACCUGGGCACCAUCCUGCUGUACGCCGUCAUCGGCACCGUGUGGAACGCAGCCACCACCGGCCUGUCCCUCUACGGCGUCUUCCGCAGCGGCCUGAUGGGAGACCUGAACGUCGGGCUGCUGGACUUCCUCCUGUUCGGCAGCCUCAUUGCCGCCGUGGACCCAGUGGCUGUCCUGGCAGUGUUUGAGGAGGUGCACGUCAACGAGGUGCUCUUCAUCAUCGUCUUCGGGGAGUCGCUGCUCAACGACGCCGUCACUGUGGUCCUGUACAACGUGUUUGAAUCUUUCGUGACGCUGGGUGGUGACAAGGUGACUGGUGUGGACUGCGCGAAAGGAAUAGUGUCCUUCUUCGUGGUGAGCCUGGGGGGCACGCUGGUGGGGGUCGUCUUCGCCUUCCUGCUCUCGCUGGUGACGCGCUUCACCAAGCACGUGCGCAUCAUCGAGCCCGGCUUCGUGUUCGUCCUCUCCUACCUGUCCUACCUCACGUCAGAGAUGCUGUCCCUGUCGGCCAUCCUGGCCAUCACCUUCUGCGGCAUCUGCUGUCAGAAGUACGUGAAGGCCAACAUCUCGGAGCAGUCCGCCACCACGGUGCGCUACACUAUGAAGAUGCUGGCCAGCGGGGCUGAGACCAUCAUCUUCAUGUUCCUGGGCAUCUCGGCCGUGGACCCUCUCAUCUGGAAGUGGAACACAGCCUUCGUGCUUCUGACACUGGUCUUCAUCUCUGUGUACCGGGCCAUUGGUGUCGUCCUGCAGACCUGGAUUCUGAACCGGUACCGGAUGGUGCAGCUGGAGAUCAUAGACCAGGUGGUCAUGUCCUACGGCGGCCUUCGUGGGGCCGUGGCUUAUGCCCUGGUGGUCCUUCUGGAUGAGAACAAGGUCAAGGAGAAGAACCUGUUCGUCAGCACCACCAUCAUCGUCAUCUUUUUCACUGUCAUCUUCCAGGGCCUGACCAUCAAGCCCCUGGUGCAGUGGCUGAAGGUGAAGAGAAGUGAACAGCGAGACCCCAAGCUCAAUGAGAAGCUGCACGGCCGGGCUUUUGACCACAUCCUCUCAGCCAUCGAGGACAUAUCAGGGCAAAUUGGACACAAUUAUCUCAGAGAUAAGUGGUCCAAUUUUGAUAGGAAAUUCCUCAGCAAAAUCCUUAUGAGAAGGUCAGCUCAAAAGUCACGAGAUCGGAUUCUGAAUGUUUUCCACGAGCUCAACUUGAAGGAUGCCAUCAGCUACGUGGCCGAGGGAGAGCGCCGCGGGUCCCUGGCCUUCAUCCGCUCCCCCAGCACGGACAACAUGGUCAACGUGGACUUCAGCACCCCGCGCCCCUCGACCGUGGAGGCCUCCGUCUCCUACCUGCUGAGGGAGAACGCCAGCGCCGUGCGCCUGGACAUGCAGUCCCUGGAGCAGAGGCGACAGAGCAUCCGCGACACGGAGGACAUGGUCACUCACCACACGCUGCAGCAGUACCUGUACAAGCCCCGGCAGGAGUACAAACAUCUCUACAGUCGACACGAGCUAACCGCGGACGAGGACGAGAAGCAGGACAAGGAGAUCUUCCACCGGACCAUGCGGAAACGCCUGGAGUCCUUCAAGUCGGCCAAGCUGGGCGUCAACCCGCACAAGAAGGCCGCGAAGCUGCUCAAGAGGGAGCGUGUCCAGAAGCGGAGGAACAGCAGCAUUCCCAACGGGAAACUGCCGAUGGUGAGCCCCCUGCACGACUUCACCAUUACGGAGAAAGAUUUGGAACUUCCAGACCCUGAGGAAGCCCCCAGCUAUGAUGCCGAGGAGAUGAGUGGGGGGAUCGAGUUCCUGGCGAACAUCACGCAGGACACAGCGACAGACUCCCCCUCAGGAAUUGACAACCCCGUGUUUUCCCCGGACGAGGACCCCGGCAUCCUCUCUGCGGUGCCACCCUGGCUGUCUCCUGGGGAGACGGUGGUGCCCUCCCAGAGGGCCCGCGUGCAGAUCCCCCACUCUCCCAGCAACUUCCACCGCCUGGCACCCUUCCGCCUCAGCGGCAAGUCCGUGGACUCCUUCCUGCUGGCCGAUGGCCCCGAGGAGCAGCCCCACGCCCCGCCCGAGUCCACACACAUGUGACACCGGCUCCGACGCGCCGCUGACUGGACGCUCGUCCCCGCGCGACGCCCCGCCCGCCGCCGAGAAGCCCCCGCGCGUGCGCGCCCCGAGCCCGGCCCCGCCCAGCCCCGCGAACGCCCCGCCCACUGCGCCGCC